CGCUUGCCGACGCACCACGCCUUCGGUGCCGUUCAUUCCUUCCGCCGCGCCGUCGACCACUUGCAUCAUGCAGCGGUUCCUUCGUUCCGGGUCAUCCAUCCGCAACUUCAGCAGCCUCCAAACCACUGCCAUGAAGCGCGUGGUAGGGUCGUUGCAACAGAGUGUCGAUAUUGAAGGCAACACGAAUCUGUGGCUCAGUGCUGGUGCCGUGGACGAGCCGACUUUGUCCAUUCUGGACCCUUCACCAGGGUUUACUGCCGCCAUGCGAGAGCGCUCGUUCAACCUCGUCGACAACUUUGACUUACCCAUCAACGGAUCCCAUUCAACUCAACACAUUCGGCAACCCAUGAACGUGGACCCGUUCGCAUUAGUCAAGGAUAGCAUCGUGUCUGUAUCGGCCAACAUCAAGAUGAUCUUGGGAUCGGACCACCCCGUCUUGGAAGCCGUAGCCAAGUACUUCUUCGAGAACGACGGUGGCAAGAAGAUCCGGCCGACCAUGAUCCUGUUGCUGUCCCAGGCAGCGGAGGCUGACCGUCUUGCUGGUCAGUCGACAUUUCCCAAGUCAGCCGAGUACAUUGCAGCGUCGCAGCAGCGCUUGGCGGAAAUUACCGAAAUGAUCCACACGGCGAGUUUGCUGCACGACGACGUGAUCGACGAAGCCGAUACCCGACGUGGCAUGCAGUCUGUCAACAAGGUGUUUGGGUCCAAGCUUUCGAUUCUGGCCGGCGACUUUUUGCUCGCUCGGUCGUCGAUCUGCCUCGCUCGACUUCGCAGUUUGGAGGCCGUGGAACUCAUGUCGACUGCGAUCGAGCACUUGGUCAAAGGAGAAGUCAUGCAGAUGCGUCAUGCUGACAAGAGCGGCGCCAUCUCGCCGUUUGAAUACUACCUGCGGAAGAACUACUACAAAACCGGCUCGCUCAUGGCCAAUAGUUGCAAGGCGUCGCUCGUGCUGGGAGACCAUACCGACCGUGUGUGCGAACUCGGAUUUGCGUAUGGUCGGCACCUCGGGCUCGCCUUUCAGCUCAUUGAUGACGUGCUGGAUUACAGUGGCCAGAACACUGGCAAACCUAUGCUGGCCGAUCUCAAAGCGGUACACUGCAGGUCACGCUCCCAAGGAUCUCACAGCAAUGACGCUUUAGGGCUUGGCAACUGCCCCCGUCCUUUUGGCCCAAGAAGAGUUUCCCGUCUUGAAGGAACUCGUGGCACGAAAGUUUUCGUCGGAAGGAGACAUUGAACUAGCCGCUGACCUUGUCGAGAAGAGCGUUGGACUGCAAAAGUCCAAGGACUUGGCGAUCGCACAGGCGGAAUUGGCAUGUCAAGCGGCGCAUCAGUUUUCUCCGUCGCCCGCUCGUGAUGCGCUGGUGAAGCUGGCACAGCUCGUCAUCACGCGAACCAAGUAGACGUCCGCAUGAUUCUCAGGCCGAACUAAUAGAAACAAUUUCCCGUGCAGACCUUUCC